UCGGCAUUCACGGCCCGUAGCUGCGGAUGGCUCCCUGCUGGGUCCCAUGCUCUCAAGUCGGUUCGCGAAGCGACCGGAUGUGGAUAAGGUUUUUGAUAAAAAUACACUCUUGCUCCGGCCAGAGAUACGGCUGAUGGCGAUAUGUAUCUUCUUGAACACACAAUGGGGAUGAGACGAUCAGCACUUGGGGGGACAGAUGAGUACGAGAAGUAUAAAGUGCGGUCGAAGUGCGGUGUUUCAUUCAGACCUCUUUGAGCAUGUCUUCCCCGGUUUGUCUCAUUUCUCUACAUACCUACGAGUGUGGCACUUCUCUUUGUCUUUUAUAUGUCUUCCAUUCAUAUGUUCCUUCUUUUCGUCGCUGAUCAUGGCUAUGUCUUUUCAAUCGUAUCCCAUCACUGCGAACACGGUAGCUCAUGUCUACUGGGAGAAAGAGCACGAAAUGCAGUCAUUUUCAUACCCUGAUCCCGUUCCUCUGCCACCACGAUUCACACUCCUGAAAGAGAGACUAGCUUCAGGCAAUGAAGCAGCAAUCACAUCAGCAUGGCAAAGGCUACUACGAAGGCUGGACGAAGAGAUUAAUUACAUCUCCUCUAUGGGGUCAAAGGUGGUUCCAACAAUCAGCUUCUCCAACAUCACAAAUCCCCAACAAUCCCAAGACUUCCUCGCCCAGCUACGAAGGUCAGGGGUGGCUAUCAUCCGAAAUGUGGUUCCAAAGGAGACAGCCACCAGCUGGAGACAAGAAGCAAGCGAAUACCUCAGCCAAAACUCAGGCAUGCGAGCAGUGCCAACGAGAGACCCCCAACUUUACGAGCUCUACUGGAGUCCAGCCCAGAUCAAAGCCAGGGCGCAUCCCAAUGUCAUAGCCGCGCAGAAGUUCGCGAUGAGAAUAUGGAAGUCUGAAGACCCCAACGCCAUGGUCAGCACGAACUUUCCCAUCACAUACGCCGAUCGUGUGCGGAUACGAACGAUUUCGACAACAACGUAUGGCGGUAAUGAAAACAGACUCAAUCCUAGCGCCCAUGUCGACAAUGGCAGUGUCGAGAGAUGGGAGCCGGAUGGGUAUGGACGGGCAGGGACGUAUAAGGAUAUCUUCCAUGGGCGUUGGGAGGAUUAUGAACCUUGGGAGAGCUCCUCCCGCGUCCAAGCAACAAGCGACCUCUACCAAGGCACCGGUUCCUGUUCCAUCUUCCGCAUGUUCCAAGGUCUUUUAACCAUGAGCCCCACCUCCUCCGACUCGGACUUAGACUCAGACUCAGACUCACUGCAAGUCUGCCCCAUGCCCCAACUGGCAACAGCUUACUUCCUGCUACGACCAUUCUUCUCUCCGUCGCCCUCCGCGUCCCCAGUCUCUUCAUCCUCAAAUCUAGCCCACUCCGAGCAAGACCAACAGGUCCCUUUCUCUACGUCCUCCACCACCUUUGCUGGCGAAGAAGAACAAGAAGACUCGCCCUGGCUCUUCAAUUACCCCCACAACUCCAUCCUCCAUGGCGCCCUCCCCAGCUAUGCCCAAGACAUCAACCCAACUUUGCACCCGCACCUCCAGCUGGACCGCAGUCUGGUCACCAUCCCACGCUUAGAACCGGGCGAUUACGUGCUUUGGCAUCCGGAUUUGAUUCAUGUUGUUGACGGGCCUUGGCAGAGGCAGAACCGGCACCACAAGCAAAAACUCAGCAUGAUCACAAGGAGCAAGAACCCCCCAGAUCCAAUCCCAAACACAAACUCAAACCCAAAAAUCUCCCAAACAUUGUCCCUUUACCUCCCCUGUUGCCCCCUGACCCAAACCAACGCGCUCUAUCUCUCCCGCCAGCGCAAGGCCUUCCUCCUCGGAAGGCCCGGCCCCGACUUCGGCGGAGGUGGGCAAGCGCUCUUCCACCAGGGGCACACGAACUACGGCUCUUAUGGGUACGGGUACGGCGGCGUGCAAAGUAUGGUGAACGGACCUGGUCCGUAUAGUCACUUGCGAGAUGAUAGUGGUACUAGUGGAUGUGGAAGUGGGAGUGGUACAGGUGAUGAGAGUAGUCACAUGGGAAGAGCGGGCGUGCAGGAUGUUAAUGAUGCCGGUGGUGAUGAUGGGUUGAGAGCCAUGGGACUGUUGCCGUGGGAUGAGGAGGAGGCGCACACGGAGGCGGAGAGGGAGGUAUUGGCUAUGGCUAAUGGAAUACUGUUUCCUGAUUUGUUAGAUUAUGGGAGGACAUGA